CCCGCCUUCAAUUUCUGUUUCAGUACCCUUUUUCCCAACUCAUAGAAUUACAAUUCACACGAUGCAGAGCAGGAGGCUGCUUCACUCGGGUGGCCUGCUUGUCGCAACGCUGCUGUGCUGGCUCUACGGCUGCCACCUGUUCCGGUCCGCCAACAGCACGCUGGCGAGCAAGCCGGUACACGACAGCCAGCAAGGCAGCACAGCGGCUGCAUCACAUGACAGCAGCGCUCUUGGCGAUAGCAGCGACAACGUCCUGACGUUCGUCCACGCCUCCGACAUCCACAUCAGCAAGUUUGUGCCCCGUGGCGGGUACGUCCACUUCCUGCAUUUCCUGAAGACUGCGGUGCCGCUGAUCGCGCCGCGACUGGUCACCAUCACCGGCGACCUGACCGACGGCAAAGACGAGCAGCGGCUGACGUCGAUGCAGCAGAUUGAGGAGUGGCAGGCGUACCAGAAUGCGCUGAAGGACUUUGGUGUGCAGGAAAGGUUCUCCGGCACCUUCUACCGUGACCAGCGCGGCAACCACGACUGCUUCGACGUGUUUUCGUUCGACGACCAGGGCAACUACUACAAGAACUACUCGGCAGUGGGAGCCAGCGGGUACCAGCUUGAUAUCAACGAGCCGUUUGGACGGUACUCCUUCGUUGCUACCGACGGGUGCCCCAAAUACGGGUUUGCCAGGCCGCUCAACUUUUUCGGGUACCUGGACGCUCGCGACAUGGAGCAGCUUGAGCAGCGCAUGGCCCUGGCGGCUGGUGCCAACCACACGUUCCUGCUCAACCACUACCCAGUGAGCACCAUGCUGUAUGGAAAGCUGUCAAAGGGCGUCAGCGUGUUUCUGUGCGGCCAUCUGCACCUGCUUGUCGGCGGCAUUGGCGCGCAGCUUCAGGCAUACAAGGCCCGCGACGGAUACUGGGAGCUGGAGAUCGGCGAUAUGAAGGACCACGCGCUGUACCGCGUCUACGCUGUCGACAACGACCUGGUGUCGUUUGUUGAUGUCACGCUGCCACUGCCAGCUGUGCCGAUGCCCAACCCGGAGAAGCUCGCGCUGGCUGUUCCUCCGCAGAUUGCGCAUCCGCCAGUCAUCUUGGUCACAAAUCCAAAGGACGCUCGCUAUUUGCUGCCGCGCCAUGAGCCUCUGGAGAGAAUCCGGACCAGCAAAUUCAUCCGCGUGCUAGUUUGGGCCGACAAACCGGUCCAAUCUGUCACAAUUGCAAUCGAUGGCAGACCGCAUGACGCACCUGCCAAGCCUGACGAAAAGGUCAAAAUCCCGCUCUGGGUGUCGCCGUGGGACGCCAGUGCUUACGACGAUGGCCAGGUCCAUGAGAUGGUGGUUACUACUACGCAGCGUAUUCCGUUCCACAUGGGUACAGACCUCAUUCCGCUGCACAACGAUGCCCACGGCGGCUGGAUCAUGCGGCAGGACUUCCCUGCUAUAUUCCGCGCCAGCAACACAGUGACCUAUUUUCUGAUGACGAUUUUUUUGGUGGUCCUGCCACGGCUGUUUGUGUUAAGCCUGGCGAGCCCGUCGACUUGGAUGGACGAAGCCCGACUGAGCCAUCUCUGGUCGGUGCUAGUGCGCGGUGAUGUGCUGAACCCAGUAAGCGUGAUUAAGCUUGCGAUGGCCUUGGCCGGCUCGUGGAGCAAGUUCCUGGUGUCUACCCAGUUCACAGCCCAGGUCAACUUCACAACCAUUCCGUGGCUGUACUGGCCUGCCUACACGUUCUGCAUGCUGCUCGCCAUUGCCCCGCUAUUCAGUGGCCAGCUGAUCCCGUCGGCUGGCGCCAGCGGUGUCGGGUCAGUCUAUGUCUACGGCAUCUAUAUUGCGGGCGACUGGGCGCCGCUUCUUGACUCGUACACGUACGCACUGACCAGUGUCAUAACCCUGGUUGUUCUGCUGCUGUAUAUCCCUGUCGCAGCGACACCUGUCAGCGCAUUCUACUCGCCACGCAUGGUCGGCCGCCAGCCGUGGUAUCGCAGCUUUAUUGUGCGCGUCCUGGUUGCCAUGUUUGUUAUCGUGUAUCUGGGGCUGCCGACUAUGAUGACGGUUUAUACCUAUGGCUGGGCGUCACUUGUGUUUGGCUAUGGCCGUGCCUGGAUAGUCGCUGCGGGCAUGACCGCGCUGUAUCUCCUGGACUGGCACUUUUAUCCAGCCGAAUACGGCCAAGACAUACGGGCCGGUUCCAUCGAAUCCAGAGAACGAGGGCAGGAACUCGGGCGACACAGA